CGGAGCGCAUCCGAAUCGGUUUUUAAUUCAAAUCAGUCCAAUUUAUAGUGUUGUUUGAACAGGAAAAAAAUGUUGUUACGAAUAUCAUUUGUGGUCGCGAUGGUAUGCGUGUGGUGCGUCAUAGGUGAAACUAUGCCAAAAGUGAUUAGUAAUCGUUUGAACAAGAAUGAAACGAUGAAGUCACAAGCCAAAGUGGACGUAAACAUAGCAGCAAGAGAACGUUCACCACGGCAACUGGAUCCAAAUGAUUGGGUACCAUUUCAACCACCAAUUCCAGCUGUUUGGAAUCCACGUCCUCGUUCACCGCUGUACACAUGGUUUGGAGCACCUUUUCCAUUCGAUGGUACGGGUGCAUUAAUUCGUGUACGUCCACCAGGCGCUUAUAUACCACCCGAAGAGAUUGGCCAUCAUCAUGAUUAUCAUCAUGAUUAUCAUCACGACAAGCAUCACGACAAGCAUCACGAUUACCAUCACCAUAAACCAUUGUAUCAUCACAGACCAGUGCCACCACCACCACCGCCACCACUUCAAUCGCCACUCUUGCCAGGUCUUCAAGGAACGAGUUUGUACAUCGCACAAACUCCAGGCUCCAUUCACAUCGCCCCAUUGUUGGGUUAUGCUGAGUCAGUUAUCGCAUCGAAUUUGCAGGCCGCCCCUGGCAUUGCGACAGGACCUUUUCCAGCCGGCACAGUCGGUUCAAUCGCGAUCGAUGGACCAGUUCCCGCAGGGCCAAUACCAGCACCACCAUUACCAGCGCCCAUCCCGCCGCCUCUAGCCAGAACAUGGUAAAACGCACACGCACACAACGCUUUGCGAAGAGGAUGCUUGAAAUCACCUGAUGAAUAAUCGCUACCAGAAAAUAUUCAGAGAGGGAGAUUGAUAUGCCACAAACAAAAAAAAAAAAAUAAUAAUUUGUGUGUUGUGGCCAAUGACAAGAUUUUCUUUAAAUAAAACAAUAUUCAUUUGAUUGCGACAUAGCG